UAGAAGAAAAAGAACAAGAAAUAAAAGAAUAAGGCAGGGAGAAAGCGGAGGGCGUUUGGAAGUGAGGAGGCCGAUCAUUCCUCGUGUUUCCUUUUUAAUCACCACCGUCUUAUCGAGGCAGCGAUGAAUUCGGAUUCAUCGAGGAAGGAUUUUUAUCUCCUCCUGCUCUCUGAGCCUCCGCGCUCGUGCAAUUCUGUAGUACGCCUCUUGGUCCCGACGAUCCCUGGUCAUUAGUUUCCGGAAUUUCUUGCCUCAUAAAUUAUAUAACAAGUUAUUUGAGGUAAUUAGCCACUAAUGGCAGCUGCAGAAGCGAGGCAUGCUUGGCAGCGCACUUUAAACCGUUGCCUAGUCCAGGAAGAUGCAAAGCGAGCUCCAAAAUUAGCUUGCUGUCCAUCAUCAACACCACAAACUGAUUCAAGCAAUGGGAAUGCAGCAAGCACACAUGACUGUCCUGUCGCCAAUUUCAUUCCUUUAAACAGGAAUCAAAUGAAUCCUAAUCUAUCACCUGAAACGAAAUGGUGGCUUCAGAUCCAACCCAACUAUGUAUACCACAAGGAUUUUAUCUGUGAGCAACUUUGCUUCUCACGAGAUGAAGUUGAUGAGAAGGACAUGAAAACUACAAUACCAACAUCAAAAAUGGAUGGGGACUCUUCACCAGUUGACUCUAUCAACCUUGUUCUAAAAAAUGAAGAGAGUUCUAUGGAAUCUCCUUGGAUUGUAUCAACAGCUUUCAUGAAGCAUGGACCUGAAACAAGUGUCAAAGAGAUGAAUAUUAUGGCCAGUUCUUCACAGCAUCCACUGAAGCGGAAGACAGAUAUGUAUGAUUAUCUCUAUAACGAGGAACAGCUUCUUGAUUUGAAGUUAGUUGAUCGAUUAAUUUCGAAGAGGUUAGAGAAGGAUUCUUUGGAUCUUGAAACACCUCGGGCUGGAGUUAAUAAGUCUGAGCCGUGGUGGCAUAUUGCUGACAAAGAUGAAUUGGCUUCAUUGGUUGCCCAAAAAUCACUACAGCAUAUUGAAAACUGUGAUCUACCUAAACCCACCCAGACCGUUCAUGUUGCUAGGGACCCAUUUUCUUCUCCUGAUAAUUUAAAUACUCGUGGAAGACUUCAAUCAUCAUUUAGUGGAAACAUAAAUGCUGGCAUAUGCAAUGCCAAUGAAUAUUCUGAUAAUACCUCUUUUUAUGGGAUCUCUGGCAACAAGAACCUUUCUUCUGACGAAGGAGACCAUAUGUGGAUUGAUUCAGACAAAAUGUCCAGCCAUGCACAAGGCCGCUCAAAUAUGGAACACCAUGAAAUCAACCAGCCAUCCGAGAGUGACCGUACGAGAGCUCAGCUGCUGGACGCACUUCGCCGUUCCCAGACCCGAGCUAGGAAAGCUGAAAUGGCAGCUCAGAAAGCAUUCGAUGAGAAGGAGCACAUAGUCAAGCUGUUGUUUAGAGAGGCAUCACACCUAUUUGCAUACAAGCAGUGGCUACUGAUGUUGCAGCUCGAGAACCUCUGUCUGCAGCUCAAGAUCAAGGACCAUCAGCUGUCGACACUUGUUCCUGUGCUGCCAUGGAUGCCAUCGAAGGAGAAAUUAUUCAGCAAAGAUAAGAUAACCAGCAGGAAAGUGAGGAAAAAGCACAACUGCAGUAUGUGCAAAUAUGCAGUUCUCUUUGCUGUCGGGUUGGGUCUGGUUGGUGCAGGGUUGCUCUUCGGCUGGACCAUUGGCUGGUUGUUCCCACUUAAUUGCACUCUAUAGUUACAUGUAACCCAGAUUUGGAUUAUGGCAGGUAAGAUCACGUAUUAGGCCCAUAUUUUGUGGGUUCAUGGAGUGGCACAGAUCAUGUUCAUCGGGGUCAUUCCUUAUGCAAGACAAGUUUUCUGCUGUA